CCCAAUUCCAAACCUAAUUUUCGAAAAUCACUCAUCUCUCUCACCUUUCACUGUCGUCUCGUCGCUCACCCGCCCACCGGCUGCUCUUUAUCUUUCCAGUCACUGGCAUCCGACGCUCGCCCGUUGUCCAUCGGCUUCUGACGUCAUUAAUUUAUGUAACCUCUAGCUCUCUUGACUCUCUCUGUCCUUAAUCGCGAGCACUCUUAUUCUGUUUUUGGGUUGUGGCUUUGCCUGUGAGGAUGCAAUGCUUUUGUGGAAUCUAAUUGCAUCAGAUAUGUUUUCAAUUGCGUUUUUGGUUUCUAGAUAUGAUAGUGAUAGUCAAAUGGCAGAUAAUCCUCAAGUAGAUGGUGGGUCGUCUGAGGUGAUCUCGGAAAAUGCACCUCAGCAGAAGGGAGAAACUCUUGAAGAGAUGCUUUCUAGACACAGAAAAGAAAAUAUCGACCUACAGAACAAGGAAAUGUCGAUGAAGAAGGCGGCAGCCAAAGGAAGCAAAGCCGAACAAAAGGCCAAAAAGAAACUAGUCGACGAUGAGAUACACCAUCUCUCCACAAAGCUCAAACAAAGGCAAGCGGACGAGCUCGCCUCCUUAGGCUACAGCAGCAGCACCAGUGAAAGCCAGAAAGGAAAAAAUCUCGAUAGUCUCGUAAAGGCCAUUGCUGGUGUCUCGAUCACAAACCAGGCCGAACAAUCUAAGCCCAGCAAGAGCCUCAAACGUCGCGAAAAACGGGCCCAAAAGGAGGCGGCCCGUGAACAGAGAAUACAAGACGAGCAGAGCCAGAUUGUGAGUGACAGGUCAAUCGAGGACGAAAAGCUGGCUAAAAAACUCGGCCCACUUGGGUUCACAAUCAAUGAUAUAAAGCCCGAUGGGCACUGCCUUUAUCGGGCUGUGGAGGAUCAAUUGGGCCUUCAGUCCGGUGGCCCAUCUCCCUAUACCUACCAUGAGCUUCGUCAGAUGGUGGCUGCAUACAUGAGGGAGCACAAGUUGGAUUUUCUGCCUUUUUUUCUUUCGGAAAAUGCAGAAGAUGAUGAAAGUGAGGAGUCUAUGGAAGAGAGGUUUGAGAAUUAUUGCAAGGAAAUCGAGUCGACUGCUGCGUGGGGCGGGCAGUUGGAAAUUGGGGCUUUGACACAUUGUUUGAAGAAACAUAUAGUGAUAUUUUCUGGGUCAUUUCCGGAUGUGGAGAUGGGGAAGGAGUAUAAAUGCGGCUCGCCUAGUUCGAGUAUUAUGUUGUCUUAUCAUCGGCAUGCGUUUGGGCUAGGCGAGCAUUAUAAUUCUGUUGUCCCCAUUUCUUAAUGGUAGGUUUUGAUAGAGAAGUUUAUGAGAGAAUCUUGGAUUGACAUCUAUAUAUGUGUGUGUGUGUGUGCGCGCGCGCGUUUGUUAUACAUUAGUAAAAUUGAACCGUGGAUGGUGAGUUGAAGUCGAAGUUGGUUUUCUUAUGUUGAUCUUCAUGUUGGGGAUGCUAAGUAGUGGAUUUGCAGAAGUUUUGAGAAGCGAUGCAUUUGUGUUUUUAAUUGCCGUGAGAAUUUUGGUAUUAAUUGGUUUUCUUGAUGUUGACUGUUUGCUGAAAACUAUAGAACCCUUUGCUCAAGUACCGAGAAGAUGAAUAAAGAAACAUGUAGUUCAAUGUACGAUGCAUUAUUGGCAUUUUAGGGGUGUAGUUGAAGCCAAACUGUCGGAUUCUUUCGUGUUGUGCUUGUUAGAAAAGUAGCUGUUUUGACAUGUAUAACGCAG